AUGAGCUUGUCAAAAAGGGGAUUCUCAAUUACCUUCAGAGCUUACCUACUGGAAAGGUUACACCAAAGAAAGCUACAGGUAGCCGUCAGCACGGAAAUUCUGCCAGAUUUGGGGAUCACACCCAAAAAGCCCAUUAGCACUUGGACUGCUCAUCACUGGCUUAUCAAACUUGGUUGGCGAUACACACAGGUCAAGAAAGGCAUUUACAUGGAUGGUCAUGAGCAUGCUGACAUUGUUGAAUAUUGCCAAAACAAUUUCCUUCCUGCCAUGGCAAAAUUUGAAAAGUGA